GUGGUACAAGACCUUCUACGGCUUUUAGACGGCACGCGGGUGAGUCUUGGGGCGAGGCGAGGCAGGCAGAGAAGGCGCGAUGUGGGCGGUGACUGACCAUAAAACUCCCUCCAGCGUCCGACUUCUUCCUCUUCCUCUUCUUCGACAUCCUCUUCCUCGCCAUCGCGGUCCCCUCCACCUCACCGUCCAUCAACCUACAUCACCCAGAGACAACACCAACAUGAAGCUCCUCUUGCUUCUCGGCGGUCUCGCCGCCCAGGCUGCCGCAGACAUGAUCACCGUCACGACCACCUUCACUGGUCUUGCACCCAUCGACAUCCCUUCCCCCACCACCAACAACUUCGCUGCUUUGGAGACCCCGCCAGGUCUCAAGUGCUUCGAUGACAGAAAGCCAUGGCCAUGCUUCGGCGUCAGCCACGCCAACCUCAACGCUGCCAUCGAUUGGUUCUGUAGCAAUUUCUCGGCCAUCACCUACCACCACGUACCGGACGAAGCGAAGGGUACCUGGCAGUACGAACCCGACCUUGCCUUCUUGCCAUUCCAGGCAAACGGUGACUCGCCCCCCAUUGGGGAGCAGGGCAGCAUCACUGUCUCUAUCAGUGUCAUUGGCGACGGGUGUGACCCAGGCAUUGUGGUCCCUGCGGAUUCUUGUAGCGGCUGGCUCCAUUAUCCCGUCAACUCUUGCGACACCGAGGGCUACGACCGCAAGCAUGGGGGUUACAUCGACGCCGGCUGUCUGCGUUACAGCAUUCAGCCGAAUCCGAAGUUCUGGCCCGAGUGUGGCUACUUUCAUUGCUCGGAGGCUGACCACCACUGUUGGCUCGACGGCAACCCAACCCCACCGAUCCAGACGCCGGCAGUCUGAUUGUGCUGCUUGUCACUCUUCGACAUCGGCUCGCACUUCUCCAAUGACACACGCCUUUCGACAUGAGCAUCAAGAGACGGAACGAACGACUGCGAGCAGGCUUCAGAGGCAUAAUAUGACGCAUGCAUAAACAGAUAGCGAUGGAGACGACCAAAGCCAUACUUGC